ACAGUAAACCAAUGAGUGAGAAGUCCGCAAUUGUCAUAAACCUGAUAAUUCAUUACAUGUUAUUAACAAUGUGGUGUUUUGAUAAAAAUGAGUGUAUGUGAACCUCUUCUGAUGUUGAAAAUAGACAUGGUCUAAUGUGUAUUGGAAACUAUUUUGGCUGUAAAUGAUGAAAUUAUCGAAGAAAAUGAAUGCUUUUAUAGUAUAUAAAACACAAGUAAAUAUGCUGCAACUUAGCAUGUGAAGCAAUGGAGGACAAACGAGUUGCUGACUACUUUGUGGUGGCAGGCUUGCCAGAUAAUCCUGAGCCACUAGAAGAAUUUUCUCAAGAUGGAGUCACAUUGAAAACUUCUCACACUUUAGCUCCUGUCACAGACAUUACUGUAAUUAUUCGAAGCCAAGGAGAGAUAGUACCUCAAAACUUUACCUGCAUUGAGACAACUCCUUUGGGUUUUCCAGCCGAUUUGAACCAUGGUAGCUUACGGAGUCCAAGUAUUUAUUUAUGUUACCGUAGAGGCAGAGACAAACCCCCCCUUGUGGAUAUUGGAGUGCUGUAUGAAACCAAAGAGCGAGUGAUGGCAGACAGUCAGGUAGUUCACACGACACCCUAUGGCCGAUCUGCCAAUGUGAACAACAGUGGAUCUCGGACAUUCCUUACAUUCAGACGAGCAGCUACUAAUGCUCCCUGUAAUCAGUUGGUUGUGACAGACAUUUGCAUUAUUUUGGUUAAUAAGGGGGAGACACCACCACGUGCUUUUUGUAUUAUCAACAAGACCUUAAACAAAGGCAUGGUGGGCUCUGAUGUUUACAUCUGCUACAAGAAGUCAAUGAAUAGACCAGAUCUUCUGUGUUUUAAACCAGGCAUCUUAAGUAGAUACCCGCUUGAUGAUUACCAGAAUUUUCGUCUACCAGAAUCAGUUCCACUGUUCUGUCUACCCAUGGGAGCAACUGUAGAAUGCUGGUCCAGAAAUGCCCAACUACCCCGUCCUGUAUUUUCUACGUUUGUUCUUACUUCUGACACUGCAGAAAAAGUUUAUGGGGCAGCUGUUACAUUUUAUGAGAAGUACAAAGAUGAGAAGCUUUCUUCUGCAUCUAAAGCACAGUUGGGUUAUAUGACAGAUGAUGACUGUAAGAAAAAAAGCUUGCAUGUAAACAAGGCUAUAUGUAUUCUCUCACGGUGGCCAUUUUUUGACACGUUUGAAAAGUUUUUAUUGCAACUUCACCAAAUAUCCAUAAUGGGCCCUCACCGGCUACCUCUGGAAAGGUACAUCUCGCACUUCAUGAUGGAUGUUCCUUUUCCGUCCGCUCAGCGGCCACGGAUACUUAUUCAGUUAGGAGAUAAUACUAUUUCCUUGGCUCAACCUGAAGAUAGUCCACUACUUCUAAGUGGAGCUUCAUUCAUCCAGCUGCUGAGAAAUCUUGGUGCCGAUAAUUGUCUCAAUGUUUUGCUGUUUGUUUUGACGGAACAGAAGAUCCUGUUUCAUUCUCUCCGUCCAGAUGUACUAACAAGUGUUGCUGAAGCAGUAGUUACGUUGAUAUUUCCAUUUCACUGGCAAUGUCCGUACAUUCCUCUCUGUCCACUGGGAUUGUCAGAUGUUCUAAAUGCUCCUCUUCCAUAUAUUGUUGGUGUGGAUUCACGAUAUUUUGAUCUCUGUGAUCCUCCUCAUGAUGUUGCCUGUGUUGACCUUGAUACUAAUAACAUAUUCUUGCCUGAAGAAAAGAAAGGCUUGAAUACUAAACUACUUCCAAAGAGACCUGCUCGAGUGCUUCGAAACACUCUUCAAGUCCUUUAUGACAGAAUGAGAAAAAUGAGUUGGUCACAUAAAGCAGCAGCUAAUUUACAGGGAAGUUCUUCAUAUAAGACAACCCCUUUAGACCAUGAUUUCAAGAUCAAGAAAAUAGAGCAUCAGCUGGAACUAGAAAUUCAGGAGGCUUUUCUUCGCUUUAUGGCAGCUAUUUUGAAAGGGUUCCGAUCAUAUCUUCUUCCUAUUCCCUGUGCUCCAACUGUUGGAGCAACAGAUCCAAGCUCUCUUUUUGAUGGACAAGGUUUUUUGAAGAGCAGGGACAAAACACAUCAUAGAUUUUACAAUUUGAUGACCAAAACUCAGAUGUUUAUAAGAUUUAUUGAAGAGCGGUCAUUUGUGUCUGACAAAAAUGUCAGUUUAGCAUUUUUUGAUGAAUGUACAGACAGAGUAGACCUAGCUGGUGAACUUUCAGAUCAGCAGCGACUUCUGGAGUCAGAUGAACAUCAACAGAGUGACAGGACUGUGUUUAUAGCUUCUCCCGAGCCUGUUGGUCUUCCAAAUGGUACAGAAUUUAGCUAUCAAGAAUUUGGAACUUUAAAUCCACAACUUUUCCACACACACCCAGUUAAAUCUUUCUUCCGUGUUGGAAACACCUUAGGUGUUCAGCCUAGUAGUCCUAUGGCAAGAAGAACCAAACAGGAAAUCCGAACAGCCAGCAGGAUUGCUAAGAAGCAAGCUGAAAAUCCAGUAUUGUGGGCCAAAUGUCUGGUCAGUAAUUGUUAUAGUCUGUGGUUCAUCCAUCUUCCUGCUUAUACUAAGUGUUCUCAAGCUAUUAAGGCAAAAACCCUUCGGACAGCCUACGAUGUGUUGGUUCGGAUGCAGUCUAUCAGACUUCAACCUGCGGAUGAAACAUGCUAUCGUGUUCUGAUGCUGCUGUGUGGACUAUAUAGACAGCCAAUCUUAGCAGUUAGAGUGCUAUCUGAAAUGAAGAGAAAUGGAGUUCAACCUAAUGCCAUUACUUAUGGAUAUUAUAAUAAAGCUGUUUUGGAGAGUAAAUGGCCUGCUUCUGAGACAAAUGCAGCACUAAUGUGGAACAAAUUGAGGAAUGUCAUUGUAGGUGUAGCACAGUUUCGUCAAGGUUCAAAAGCAAAAGUUCGAAGGUCCCUGUCUUUAGGAUCUGAUUUUGACUAUGACUGGCUAAGUCGAGCAAGCUCAGAGAACAGCAACACUGAAGAAGUUGUGGAAGGCAAAUCUAACCAAAUAGAACUCACAUCAGACCUAGGACAGGCUGACAAGUGCAGUUCAGUAGGAGGGCUGUCAGAUGGAGGCUAUAGCUCCAUGAAUCAAGAGGAGGUUCAGAAAGCAGGGUCAACCCAAAUGCUUGCACCAACUUGUGAUGUUGAAGAAAAAAAUAGAACUUCUGAUCUCCUUAAAUCCAACCUUCGGAGAAAACAGGGUUACCAGGAAAUGCAGUCUCUGGGAGCUCUCAAAUUUGAAUGCUUGGACUUUUCAGCAUCUGAUGCAUUUAGAAACAGAGUUGGGAGUAUUGUGCGCAGCUCAGCCAGUAGCUUAAGCAGUCACUCAAGAAUGAUGGAUAUUUCAGUGGACAGUUUUGCUGGACUUCUGAUCACAAGUCAUCUACUUUUAGUGAAUAGUCCAUCUCACGAGGAUCUACUUUGGCAACAGAAUGGUGAACAAGGACAGCAGAAAUACCAAAGUGCUGGAAGGCAUCUGCGGAAAGCUAGUCAAACUUACAGACUGAAACAUUAUAGUUGCCCAUUGACUCAGUCUUUAAGCAAAGCAGACUCUUCUCAAACAUUCUUACACUUGAGCAGUUUUGGCAAUGACACUCAAAUCAUCCGAAAAAUUAAGAAUGGACACGUAUCUCUGAAAGAUUUAAAAUCCACUGAGAACCACAAAGAGCAUUCGCUACUGCCUGUUACAGAGAAUUGUGUUAAUUCCUCUGUUGAGAAAACCAUCACAUCAUCUAGAAAUUUAAAACUUAGUAGUUGUGAAGAAGAAUCAGACACUGAACUUGCUAUAGAAUUCAAUGAAGAGCCUGUUAAAAUGAAACCUCAUUCUAAAUCUGAUAUUGCAUUUAAAAGACAAGCUCAAACAUGUGAAGGUGAUAUGAGUACUUCAAGAAAGUUGAACUCUCAUCCUGAAAAUAGUAGUUAUAAAAGAAAUUCCUGUAAUAGUGAUGAUAUUAUACUGCAAGGAGCUGAAGAACAUGGUACUGUAAAAGAGGCAUGGUUAAACUGGGAUUAUUUCAAAACAAGUUCUAUUCCUCGAGUAGCAUCUAGUCUCAGUUCAACGUUAGGAUUCAGUAGUGGUAAGAAAAAUAGUAAAGUCACUCGAAGCUCAACAUUUCAUGGUCCUGCAGACAGGUCUUCCACAAAUUCACUCACAGAUUCAGCAUCAAAAAAUUCUAACACUCUGGAAAUGGAAACUGUGAGAAUAAUGCUUCCACAUACACCAGAAUCUAAAAGAAAUCCUAAGGUUGUGGGAACAAGGACUCCUGGUCGACCAUUUGCAGUUAGCAUGUCUUCCUUUGGAUUGUCAAAACUAACCUCAAAACAUGCUGAUAUGUUUGACAGCUUGAAAUCAGCAGCUAAUUCGGUUGCCACCAAGUUUACUGAACUCAAGCAGUCAUGGUCAGCAUCUAGUACUCCUACCAAAAAUGGCUUUGGAUCUCAACCAGAACCAUAUGCAUUGGAUAGGUUUACCAUAUAUGAUGAUGAUCAUUCAAGUACUACAUCAGAGUGUCAACGAUGUAGCACUGACUACUUGAAUCACAGUUCUAGAAAUGAUAAUGUGCUUGAAGACAUUUUUAUGGAAAAAUCUGGUGAUGUUGGAAACUGCACCUCCUGUGGAAAUGGAGGAUUACAUCUUUCGGGGAGUGCUUCAACAUAUGCAAGUCAACUAUUUGAGAUAGGGAGUGGCCAUUUUGACUCUGUGUUGGAUGUUGCUUACCCAGGUAACAAAAUUGCCCUAGAAAUCACCAUGACUUCUUGCUCGAAGUGUCAUAAGUGUUUGUCUCUACUUUAUGAUGAAGAAAUUAUGGAAGGUUGGUCAGCAGAAAAUUCAAAUCUAAACACACAGUGUGCCUUCUGCAAAGCUCGAGUAGUUCCACUCCUAACUGUGACCAUCAGAGAUAUGCGAACUGAUGAGUUAAGUGACUCUAACUUAACACCAGCCCACUCUACAGAGAGUAUACGAAGUGCACCACCUACAUCUCAACUGCUACACCAUGAGGGAAACCUGAGACGUAGAACUCCAACUCCUAAAAGAGGGCAUUCUCUUGAGAGAACUAUGAUACAUCGGAGUAUAGAUUGUGGUAAUGCUGCAUGGUUUGUAUCUGAAGAUUCUGACUCUGGAAGCUCAAAAGGGGGCACACCUAUUGUUAGUCCACGUCAUUUGAGUUUCAGCCAAGACAGUCGACCAAAGUCAGCAGUGUAUCGUCCUUUUUCAAGUCGUUCUUUAAACAUAGCUAAAGAUUUGACAGAUUUUGAAUUUUCAGAUUCUUCAACUCAAUCAUGCAGAGUCUCUGAUAAACAAAAAUUAUCAGCCAGUCAGGAAACACCAUACCCAUUUGCCACUUCAGUUGCUGAAAAAACAGGGACAGAGAACAGUAUGACAGAAAAAAAGUUGCACAUCAAAGAACAUUUUUCAGUCAUUCAUAGAAACCAACCAUUACAACCUCAAAUCUCUUCUUCUGCUACAUCCUCUGGUGGUGAUUUGAGAAAGCUGGGUAAUGUGGAUGCAGGCAUUGCCCUUGAGCCAUUUACAGUGCCUUAUUUGAGCCCUCUAGUGUUGAGAAAAGAAAUUGAGUAUGUGCUUGACCAUGAAGGUGAUGACUGUUUGACAAAACCAGAAUUUGUGGAUCAACAUCCGAUUAUAUACUGGAAUUUGAUGUGGUUUUGUAGAAGAAUCAACGUUACAACCCAUAUUCCAGGAUUAUGUCUUCAGGCAUCAAGUAUUUUGAAGGGUCGUCAGGUGCCUGAUGCAUGGAAAAGUUCUGACAGCCACAAGGUGCUGGUUCGCUGUCUUUGGGAUAACAUCAAACUUCACCAAGAAAUGGGCCAGCCUAUGUACGUGAUGUGGAACUCGGAAGGUAACCAGUCAUCUCUUGUACGUGCACUGGUUACUGAUGAACGUAAGAUCUCUAGGAACAUCAUGUGUCAAAUCCUUACAAGAAUCCAGUGUAAUGAUCUCCUGUCUCCCAUAAACUUGUUGAUAAAUGAAAGGAGAAAACAUUGUACAGCUCGUCAGAGUUAUCACAGUAUCUAUCGCAGCUUGUUGUUUCUAUGUUAUGUUGCAUUGGGCAGAGAAAACAUUGACCACACUGCUUUUGACCGAGAGUAUUUACGUGCAUAUGAACAAUUGUCUUCCAUGCAACGAGCCCUUCUAGUGAAAGCAGACAAGCCACCGUCCAGCCGAGCAUUCUUCUGUCAGAGGUAUUUUAUGGAGCUAGAACUAAAGGCAGUGUAAGAAGGCUACAUCUAUAUUAAUAAUGACCUCAUGAAAUGUAGUUGCAUAUGUGUGUAUAUAAGGAUAUACUGACUUAAGAUUGCUACUCAACCAAAACUUAAGUAUUAACAAAAAAAGUCUAUUACUGGACUUUGUAUUCUAAACAGCUAAUUUUCUAUUUAAACUGAUAGCUCUUUUAGUUUUGGAAAUUUCUGUUAUAACUAACUUUGGGUUGUAUAAUGUGUUCAAUUCGUUUUUUUUUCACAUUUAAAAUGUGAAGGGUUUCUCACUUUUAUAAUUUCAGCUUAAAUUCUAUUAAUGUACUAACAAUGAUUUAAUGUCUUGCUCUACUAAUUUUAGUUUUUAGAUUAAAAGACAUAUUUGUAACUAAAUAUAAGUCACUUCUAUUUUAAGUAAUGUUAUUUUGCUGUUAUGUUAAAAGUGCAUAGACGUUUUCUCAUGCUGUUCUUUACUGGUUAAAAGAAUUCAUCAGGAAAGUAUACAUAACUUUCCAGUAUUCUCGUAGUGUAAUGUAAUUUUAAAAACUACAGUCAGACGUGUACAUUUUUAGAUAUAAGUAUUACUUCACAGAUUUGAAGGUAGCAGAUUUCACAGUUUUGACAAAAAUGAUUAACCAAGUAAACAUUGAGAUGUAUUACAUUUUUCAAUUCUAGAUGAAGCUAUAAUUGUAUGUAGUUUCUUCUGGGAUGAUUUGAUUGAAAUAGUUAAAGAUUUUAUGCUUGGUUCACCUUCUCAUUCGUCAUAGUAAAUAAAAUUGUAUUAGCAUGCUCUAAUCAUUACUUUACCAAUCACUUCCCAAUAACCUGUUUGUUCAUUUUAUAAUAUCUUCAUUAGCUGUACAUCAGAAUUUUAGACAAAUACAAUAUUAUUGUAAAUAGAUAGAGAGA